AUGGCUUCCAAGCUAGCGCGGGCCCUCCGCAUAACAAAGAAGCCUGAGCAUUACGCCACCAUGACGCCCAGCCAGGCCAUCGUGGCCUUUGAACCGGGUCCCGAGCACAAAGGCGGUGCGAACUGGGAGAUGACGGAGAUCAAGGUGCCGAGUGAAUUGGGUGACGGGGAGCUGUUGGUCGAGAUGGUGGCGAGCGGAAUCUGCCAUACAGACAUUGCGUUGACGGAUCCGAAUAAGGGGCAGACGUUUCCUAUGGUUGCUGGUCAUGAAGGUUCCGGAUAUAUCAAAGCUGUAGGGCCCAACGUGAAGAAAUCCCUCAAACCAGGCGACCCUGUCCUCCUUUCCUUCGACAGCUGCGGUUCUUGCAAAGAAUGCCACGAGAAACGUCCAGCUUACUGCGACACGUUCAUUCCCAUGAACCUGUACGGCGAAUCCGAAGUUUUCAAAGGCUCCGACGAAACGCAAUCAAUUGGCGCUAAGUUCUUCGGCCAUUCCAGCUUUGCGAAAUUGAGUGUCGUUAAGGAGUCGACUGUCUUGCCUGUGAAGGAUUUGAUCAAGAACGAGGAUGAGUUGAAGUUGUUUGCGCCUCUCGGAUGUGGCGUACAGACAGGGGCUGGAGCUAUCCUCAAUCUCGUGACGCCUGGUCAGGACGACACCGUGAUGGUUUGUGGGCUUGGCGGGGUUGGGUUGAGUGCUAUUAUGGGGGCUCGCAUCGCUGGCUGCAAACGAAUCGUCGCCGUCGACAAAGUCCAAGAACGAAUCGACCUCGCCAAAGACGUCUUCGGGGCGACUCAUGGCUUGAACACGACAGAUCUGACAGACCUCACUGCUGCUAUGAAGGAUAUCUCUGGAGGCCGAGGUCCAAAUGUGGUAAUUGAAACAACCGGCUUCCCGCUAGUCCUCGAAGCAUCCUACUACGCCGUUGACACCCGCGGAGCCUUCGUACAAGUCGGUGGCCCAGCAGAUCCCCACUAUCGCUUCUCUCUUGACGUCGUGCAACAUCUCUUCCGAGGGAUCAAGUUGUGGGGCUGCGUGGAAGGAGACAGUUUUCCUGGAGACUUCAUACCGGAGCUGAUCAAGUACUAUCGGGAGGGGAAGUUACCAGUUGAUAAGAUGGUCAGGUAUUACCAGGCGGCGGAUUUCAAAACGGCGUUGCAUGACAUGCAUGUUGGAGAGACGAUCAAGCCUGUAUUGGUGUGGAGGUGA